AUGGUCAGUUUGGCCAAACCGCAGGAGGGCCAUUCGAGGGUCGAAGAGAGUCGCGGGAAGCGCGACGCCCACAAACCACGCAAGGCAUUCCUCUCUACGUCUCAGAAACGACGGUCUUCCGGGUACCCAGCAUCAUGGACAUCUAGGUGGAAACAUCGUCCACACCCGCCCCCAACACGUCACCAAAGUCAAUCGCAGGACAGCUCACCUGGGCCAGUGGUCCUUGGUCGAAAAGACUCUUCCCAGAAACUGCUGGAUUCGGAAGAAGAGCCGGAGCUUGUACUUUCAAAGUGCAUUCAGGUCGGCCCGGAAGUGUUAUCGGUAAAUCGGUUCCAUGCCAAUUACGCGGCACAGGCGAGCAUAUUGAUAUUCAGUCGGCUGCCCGAAUACUAUGACAUCGACCUCUCCGAUGCCAGCCACGCCCGGCACGCCACUCACGCCGUGGCUUUGGCAAGCGCUUCUCGAUCACUUCACCAGUCAGGGCUCAUGGUCGAAGCCCGAAGACACUACGGCAAAGCUAUUUCGACUCUGAACCAAGCUCUGCAAGACCCAGUUGCAGUGCGGGAUGAUGCCAAUCUGGUAACCUUGUUUUUGUUUGGUAUGUUUGAGGUUAUCAAUGGAAAGCGAGGCACAAGCACGAUCGACUUGCAAGAAAACGUAUUUCCUCACGGCGCUGGAGGCUUGCAGCUUUUCAAGUUUCGGGCACAUCAUGGCUUGACCAACGAAGUGGACAAAGCCUGCUUCACAUUCUUCUGUCAUGCAGCAUUGAUGGAAAUGUUUAUACAACGGGACCACCUGACGCCUCUUUGGUCAAUGCUGGAAGAGAUGGAAACUCCUUGGGGCAAGGGCCCUGUUCUUGAGCCACUUGUUCGACAAGUGGUUGACUUUAAGAAGGCCUUUGACUUCAAGGUGCAAGUCCAGAGUAAUUCAUCCACGUUUAACGAUAGCCCGCCGGAGGACUUGUUGGAAUUGGUCCGAAGCGGCAUCGAUCUGAGCAGCGACCUCGAGGCAGCUAUUGCAUUUCUCGGUAUCUCUGGCGCUUCAACGUGCUUUGGGCAGCAGCAAAAAGUUUUUAAUGGUCUUUUCUCACUAUCAUCUGAGUCAUCAGUUGCCAUUGCGAGGAGCCACUACCGUUCUCUUCGUGUCUACCUCCUGGAAAGAACCAUUGAGUUACGAAACAUCCUAAAGGAGAGCUGCGAACACGUCGCCAUCAGCUUGGGUCUUAUGCCAAGCUGGUCGGAUGGUGUCUCCGUCGUUAGAGAUGUUAUCGAGGACAUCCGAAUUGUGUUUGGGCUCGAGGGGAAGAAAGAGACACCAACCGGAGGCCUCGCAUAUCGAACUAUGACAAUGUUCUGGCCAAUGGUAAUGAUACGAACUUCAUGUUUCGCCGGUCCUCAUAACGGGAGGUGGGUGGCAGAGAGAAUGCUAGAGUUGACCUCGGAAUCGGGCUUUGGCCUGGGUGUGGAAGCCGCGAGGGCCUGA